UCAGAAGCACGGUGAUGCUGCUAGUCGCGUCCUCCAGCGGUGCGGCGGCGGUCGCGCUCGGGUCUCGGCCGGCUCCCUCCUCAGCAGCGCGGCGCGGCGGCGCGCUGCAGAUGGAGGCGGGCGAAACAGUGCUCGACGUGUCUGACCUGUGCGCGGCUGUGGGCGAGACGCCCAUCCUGAAGGGAGUGAACCUGAAGGUGCGCAAGGGCGAGGUGCACGCCAUUAUGGGGCCCAACGGCUCGGGCAAGUCCACCCUCUCGAAGGUCAUCGUCGGACACCCAGCUUACGAGGUGACGGGCGGCUCGGCCCUCUUCGAGGGCGAGGACCUGCUCGAGCUCGAGCCGGAGGAGAGGGCGCAGCAGGGCGUCUUCCUCGCCUUCCAGUACCCCGUCGAGAUCCCGGGCGUCGCAAACAACGACUUUCUCCGCCUCGCCGUCAACAAGCGCCGCCAGGCGCAGGGCCUGGACGAGUACGACCCGAUCGAGUUCUUCGGCGUCUUGAGCGAGAAGAUGAGCCAGGUCUCGAUGAGCCCCGACUUCCUCGGCCGCGACGUCAACAGCGGCUUCUCGGGCGGCGAGAAGAAGAGGAACGAGAUCCUGCAGCUGGCUCUCCUCGAGCCUUCCCUCGCAAUCCUCGAUGAGACCGACUCUGGUCUCGACAUCGACGCGCUCAAGACGGUGGCCGCGGGAGUCAACGCCUACAGGGGCGAGGGCAACGGGAUCGUCCUCAUCACGCACUACCAGCGGCUGCUCGACUACAUCAAGCCCGACUUCGUGCACGUGAUGUCUGACGGGGAGAUCGUCCGCUCGGGCGGGCCGGAGCUCGCCCUCGAGCUCGAGAGCGACGGCUACGCCUUCCUCGACGCGGGCGCGCGCUCAGACGCCUGAGCGAGGGCGACGCAGCCGCGACUGCGCGCCGGAAGCGGGACGCCGCGCUGCGGCUGGAGCCCUCUGGCUCUUCGCGCUGCCCGUCCUCUCCUCUCCCUUCCGGCGCUUCGCCCGCGGCCGUGCCGAGCAGCUACGUCGCGCCUCUGACUCUCGGAUAGCGCACUGCGCAGCGGACAGUGGUAUCAGAAGUCUCAACUUGCACACACUAGCACCAGCCACCACAGUGACUCGCCGUGUGCGCGACUUUUUCCAUUUUCG